AUGACAGACCUCCCUUCAGAAGACUCUACUUUCAUUCCUCCAAGUGUCAUCCCCGAUCAUCUUUUCACCGGCGAGUCUUACGCGUACUACACACCAUGCCCCAACGCGAUCACACCCAAGGAGACAUCGCCUACAGUCGGCGAGACAGCUGAAACUACACCGUGCGUACUGGGCGUAGACGAAGCUGGCCGUGGUCCUGUCCUAGGGCCAAUGGUUUACGGUGUAUUCUACCUUCCGCUGGACCUCCACCACUCGCUCUUGACCGAGGAACACAGCUUUGACGACAGUAAGGUCCUUACUCCUGCUGUGCGCGCAAAUCUUAUGCGCCUGCUGAAUACCCCGGGAAACAACUUGCAUGAAUCCUGUGGCUAUGCGAUCAAAUCACUCUCGGCGCGCGACAUAUCUUCCGGGAUGUUGAGAUCCCCAACGGCGGUCUAUAACUUGAAUGCCCAGGCAAUGGAUGCAACGAUAGAGCUUAUCCGAGGCGUCGUGGAGGAGCGUGGGGUGGAUGUUCGAGAAGUGUACAUCGACACAAUCGGCAACCCUAUCACGUACCAACAAAAGCUGGAGAAGAUCUUCCCUUCUCUUAAGAUCACGGUGGCCAAGAAAGCCGACUCUUUAUAUCCCUGUGUCAGUGCUGCCAGUGUGGCAGCCAAGGUGACCCGUGACGUUGCACUGGAGCUUAUGUACGAGACUAUCACCCGGCUUGAGCAGUCUGACCCUGCCCUCGAGACUUGGGGCAGUGGGUACCCCUCGGAUUCCAAAUGUGUCGGCUGGCUUCGACGCAGCAUGGACCCUGUCUUCGGAUGGGGCAGCGAGUGUCGCUUCAGCUGGGGUACCGCAAGAGAGAUGCUUGAAGUCAAAGGCGGUGCCCGAGUGGACUGGCCUGCGGAUGAAGAAGAAGGAGCUUCACAGAUGAACGAUUUCCUACUCUCAUCAGGAGCUGGGAAAGGCGCAAAGGCGGACGGGCUACGAGAUUGGUACGGUCAAAGACCAGCGGAGAUUCUCUGA